AUGCCUCCUGCUGUUGCUGCCCCCGCUGCCACUGAAGCUGCUCCCGUUGUCGGAGGACAGGACGAAGGCGUUACUCUUGCCCGUGUGACGCAGGUUAUCGGCCGUACCGGAUCCCGCGGUAACGUGACUCAGGUUAAGGUCGAGUUCAUCAACCAAGGACGUACCCUUCUCAGAAACGUCAAGGGACCCGUGCGCGAAGGUGAUAUCUUGGUACUAAUGGAGAACGAACGCGAAGCCCGCAGGCUCAGAUAA